AUGGGCGAAUCCAAGACGAAACGAUCGCGAGCAGGCUGCGAGACAUGUCGUGCUCGCAAGGUCCGCUGCGACGAGCGCCAUCCCAUAUGCUACAACUGUGAUCGACUGGGUCUGCCGUGUGCGCCGUCGGGAAACACCAAGGAACCGAGCCUGGCCUCACCGCAAGCAGACACGAAUGGAGCGUAUACUGGAUCUGGGCUCAAGCGGAAACGGACGUAUCGAUCUUGUGCCGAAUGCCGGACGUCGAAGACGAGGUGUUCGGGUCACAAGCCUACGUGCGUCAGGUGUGGCGAGAAGAAGUUGGGUUGUACUUAUGAAGACGACUCCGAGCCGGCAUGGAAGCAACGGGUGGCGAUGAAUGCAGCUGUGUCCGAACAAGGCUCGCCUCCAGUGGUAAACGGUGCUGCACAUACUGCAUUAACACCAGAGACCGGCAUCACGCUGCCCAGCAAGAUGGAGUCUGUGACGCCCACAGCGAGCAUUGGUGGUCUCGCAUCCCCGGGACUCACCACACAUAUGCAGAGCAACGGGGCCGAAGAUCUCACUUGGCUGAUCAUGCACCAUCUGCCAGAUCAUACUCGCACCCGACUACUGGUUGAGAGAUACUUUGCUAACGUGCACCACCUUCGUUGUUUCGCCUUCUUGCAUAAGCCGUCGUUCCUACAACGACUGGAUGCAGAUGCCAACAAGAAGCAUGAAGGUAAUCCGCUCCUGCAUAUCGUAUGUGCCCUUGGAGGUCUGUUCUACGCCGUGGAGACGGAGACCAGCCGUAACAUGGCCUUACCGUUCGACGCACUCGAGGCUGGCAAGCACUGGGCAACUCAUGCGCAGACCUUCCUACUCUCGCGACUGCACAAAAUCUCUGUUGAGAACCUUAUGGCAGCCGUGUUACUUCACGACUACGAGAUCCGAUUGGGCAACUACUCGAACGCUUUCAUGUUGAGCGCUAUAACCGCUCGUAUGGCACAGGCGCUACAGAUCAAUCUCGAGCACUCUACUGACGUACUCUGUCGGGAGACUGGCAGUGGGCCUUCUGCGAGCGUGAAAGAGUCUCGUCGACGACUGAUGUGGUGCUGCUACAUCACCGACUCACUCGUAGGCAGUGGCAUCGACCAAUUGACCCUCAUCGACGAGGCCGACAUUAAGAUUCAGCUUCCGUGCAACGAGCGUAACUUUGUGCUUGAGGAACCUUGUAUCACAGAGACACUAGAACCUGGGCAGAUGCUCAAGUUUCUGCCACCGGAGCUGCUCCCGACCUACCCGCAGGACUGCAUGGGUAUGACAGCGUUCUACCUUCGCCACAUAGCCACACGCCGGAAAGUACUCAAGUACAUCAAGCAUCUCGACACGGCUAAGAUGCCUUGGCUUCCGGAUUCCGAGUUCGCUCAGCUUGAUGCUGAACUAAGGUACUGGUAUGACAACCUGCCGGCAAAUCUGCAAUUCACGCCCACGACACUCUACAUCAGGCAGGAGACAUCGCAAGUGGGCGCGCUAUGCGCUCUCCAUUAUGCAUACCACCAGACCAUGUGCGACCUAUAUCGCGUGGGUGCGCCAGGCCUGUACAAACUCCGUUCAGCCUUCGCCUAUCCGCCUGAGCAAGCCGACUUCCAUCGCCACUUGCAAUCGACGCUGUUUGGCCAUGCCAAAAGCCUCGCCACAAUCAUGGCCGAGGCCCUGCGUCAUGGUCCACAUGCGAUCGCGGACAGUUGGCUGCCAACGAUCUUGUACGAUUCGUGCAAAAUCAUGCUGUUCUACCUGACCCAGCUGGUGGACCCGUCGACUGAGGCAAGCAAAGUACUGCUGGCCGAAACUAUUCCUCAUGUACGGAACAAUGUCAAGGCGCUGAACAUUAUGAAGUCAAUGUAUGCCUCUGCGAAGCCUUUAGCAAAGGCCGCGCACAAUAUGCUGGAGAAGGUUGGCAUCGACAUAGAGGAGGGGCGAUGCGGCAGCCAGAGCUUCAUCCCUGAUGACCCCUAUGCAAACCACGAGGACCCCCAGACUGAUGACACAGUUGUAUCUGCACCUGGAACGCCUGCGCAAAGUGCGCCAGACUACAUUCUCAACCCGCUUUCAAUCUACAACCUGGCACGGAAAUCCAUCCCUGAAAAGCAUGAGCCACAGAAGCAGACCCCUGUGCUUCAUGGAAUGACAUUACCGUCUGCGAUGCAUUAUACGCCACCCCGGCGCUUGUCACCUUCUCAACAGGCUUACAACUUAGGACCGCAGCUGCACGAUGAGUCCACGUUGGCGCCGGAGCUGAGGUCCGAAGCCGUGCCAGCUGAUCAGAUCAAUUUUGAUGAAUUGCAAUCAUUGUUCACUAGCGAUCCAACUGGCUGGACUUGGCAACCUGCUGAGACGGCUGUUGGCUCGCGAAUUGAAGCGGCUGGACUACCGCCUUGGGAGUCAACAUCACUGGAGGGACAGCUUGAUGCCUGGCUCCCUACUUUUACUCUCGAUCCUUGA